AGCGGGGGUCCCGCAGGCUGGCGAUCGAGGGCUGCGUCUAGAAGGGGACGCGUGCGGAGAGGGCGGCGUGGGGACCCAGGUGCCAACCCAGUCCGCGAUCGCCGGCCCUGCACGUGCGCCCUGGCGUGGCCCGGGUGACAGGUCCUUUAAUGGAGCAGCCAAUCUGUCAGCAGACCUGGUUUCAUCUAAUGAUUUACAGACCUCAGCUCUGAAGCCACUGAAACAUUCCUCCCGGCCAGGCACUCAUCCGCACGAUGUUGGACUUCCUAGCUGAGAACAACCUGUGUGGCCAGGCAAUCCUAAGGAUUGUUUCCUGUGGUAAUGCCAUCAUUGCUGAACUUCUGAGGCUCUCGGAGUUUAUCCCUGCUGUGUUCAGGUUUAAAGACCGAGCCGAUCUACAGAAAUAUGGAGAUAUCAUCUUUGAUUUCAGCUAUUUUAAGGGUCCAGAGUUAUGGGAAAGCAAGCUGGAAGCUAAGCCAGAGCUACAGGAUUUAGAUGAAGAGUUUCGUGAAAACCACAUAGAAAUUGUGACCAGAUUUUAUUUAGCCUUUCAGAGUGUGCAUAAAUAUAUUGUAGACCUAAACAGAUAUCUAGAUGAUCUCAAUGAAGGUGUGUAUAUUCAGCAAACCUUAGAAACUGUGCUCCUCAAUGAAGAUGGAAAACAGCUUCUAUGUGAAGCACUGUACUUGUACGGAGUCAUGCUGCUGGUUAUCGACCAAAAGAUCGAAGGAGAGGUCCGAGAGAGAAUGCUGGUUUCCUACUAUCGAUACAGCGCUGCUCGAUCUGCUGAUUCAAACAUGGAUGAUAUUUGUAAGCUGCUACGAAGUACAGGUUAUUCCAGCCAACCAGGAGCCAAAAGACCACCCAACUAUCCUGAGAGUUAUUUCCGGAGAGUGCCUAUCAAUGAAGCCUUCAUCAGUAUGGUCAUUGGUCGACUGAGAUCUGAUGAUAUUUACAACCAGGUCUCCGCAUAUCCUUUGCCAGAACACCGCAGCACGGCCCUGGCCACUCAGGCCGCCAUGCUGUACGUGACCCUCUACUUUGAACCUGCCAUUCUUCACACCCAUCAAGCGAAAAUGAGAGAGAUUGUGGACAAGUACUUUCCAGACAACUGGGUAAUUAGUAUUUACAUGGGGAUCACAGUUAAUCUAGCAGAUGCUUGGGAUCCUUACAAAGCUGCAAAAACUGCUUUAAACAAUACUCUGGACCUUUCGAACGUCAGAGAACAGUCAAGCAGAUACGCUACCGUCAGUGAAAGAGUGCACACUCAAGUGCAACAAUUUCUGAAAGAAGGGUAUUUAAGGGAGGAGAUGGUUCUGGACAAUAUCCCAAGGCUCCUGAACUGCCUGAGAGACUGUAACGUGGCCAUCCGAUGGCUGAUGCUUCACACAGCAGAUUCAGCUUAUGACCCAAACAACAAACGCCUUCGUCAAAUCAAGGACCAGAUUCUAACAGACUCUAGAUACAAUCCCAAGAUCCUCUUUCAGUUGCUGUUGGACACUGCACAAUUUGAGUUUAUACUCAAAGAGAUGUUCAAGCAAAUGCUUUCAGAAAAGCAAGCCAAAUGGGAGCAUUACAAGAAGGAGGGCUCAGAGCGGAUGACGGAGCUUGCUGAUGUCUUUUCGGGAGUGAAACCCCUAACCCGUGUGGAGAAAAAUGAAACCCUUCAAAAAUGUGUUUAUGUAACACAGGUUCAAGAAUUUCACCAGUUGGAAUCAAAUCUGCAAGUAUGUCAGUUUCUUGCUGACACUCGCAAGUUUCUUCACCAAAUGAUCCGAACCAUUAACAUUAAAGAGGAGGUCCUGAUCACAAUGCAGAUCGUUGGGGACCUUUCUUUUGCUUGGCAAUUAAUUGACAGUUUCACAUCUAUCAUGCAAGAAAGCAUAAGGGUAAGCCCGUCCAUGGUCACUAAACUUAGAGCUACAUUCUUGAAGCUUGCCUCUGCCCUCGAUCUUCCCCUUCUUCGUAUUAAUCAAGCAAAUAGUCCUGACCUUCUCAGUGUGUCUCAAUAUUACUCUGGUGAAUUGGUGUCCUAUGUGAGAAAGGUUUUGCAGAUCAUUCCAGAAAGCAUGUUUACUUCGCUUCUAAAGAUCAUAAAGCUUCAGACCCACGAUAUCAUUGAAGUGCCAACCCGCCUGGACAAAGACAAACUGAGGGACUAUGCUCAGCUUGGCCCACGAUACGAGGUUGCCAAGCUUACUCACGCUAUUUCCAUUUUUACUGAAGGCAUCUUAAUGAUGAAGACAACUUUGGUUGGCAUCAUCAAGGUGGAUCCAAAACAGUUGCUGGAAGAUGGAAUAAGAAAGGAGCUAGUUAAACGUGUUGCUUUUGCUCUUCAUAAGGGACUGAUCUUCAACCCCCGAGCCAAGCCAAGUGAGUUGAUGCCCAAGCUGAAAGAGUUGGGGGCUACCAUGGAUGGAUUCCAUCGCUCUUUUGAGUACAUACAGGACUACGUCAACAUUUAUGGUCUGAAGAUUUGGCAGGAAGAAGUUUCUCGUAUUAUAAAUUAUAAUGUGGAACAAGAGUGUAAUAACUUCUUAAGAACAAAGAUUCAGGACUGGCAGAGUAUGUACCAGUCUACUCAUAUCCCAAUACCAAAGUUUACCCCUGUGGACGAGUCUGUAACAUUUAUUGGUCGACUCUGCAGAGAAAUCUUGAGGAUCACAGACCCAAAAAUGACAUGUCACAUUGACCAGCUGAACACUUGGUAUGAUAUGAAGACUCACCAAGAAGUGACCAGCAGCCGGCUCUUCUCAGAAAUCCAGACCACCUUGGGGACUUUCGGUCUGAACGGGUUAGACAGGCUUCUGUGCUUUAUGAUUGUCAAAGAGCUACAGAAUUUCCUCAGUAUGUUUCAGAAAAUUAUCCUGAGAGACAGAACUGUGCAGGAUACCUUGAAAACCCUUAUGAAUGCUGUCAGCCCCCUAAAAAGCAUAGUGGCAAAUUCGAAUAAAAUUUAUCUUUCCGCCAUUGCCAAAACACAGAAGAUUUGGACAGCUUAUCUCGAGGCUAUAAUGAAGGUGGGGCAGAUGCAGAUUCUGAGACAGCAGAUUGCCAACGAGUUAAAUUACUCUUGUCGGUUUGACUCCAAACAUCUGGCAGCUGCUCUGGAGAAUCUCAAUAAGGCUCUCCUAGCAGAUAUCGAAGCCCACUAUCAAGACCCUUCACUUCCUUACCCCAAAGAAGACAACACACUCUUGUAUGAGAUCACAGCCUACCUGGAGGCAGCCGGCAUCCACAACCCACUGAAUAAGAUAUACAUAACAACCAAGCGCCUACCCUAUUUUCCAAUUGUCAACUUCCUAUUUUUGAUCGCGCAGUUGCCAAAACUUCAGUACAACAAGAACCUAGGAAUGGUCUGCCGGAAACCUGCGGACCCUGUGGACUGGCCACCGCUCGUCCUGGGAUUGCUCACCCUGCUGAAGCAGUUUCAUUCCCGGUACACCGAGCAGUUCCUGGCGCUGAUCGGCCAGUUUAUCCGCUCCACAGUGGAGCAGUGCACAAGCCAGAAGAUACCUGAAAUGCCUGCGGACGUUGUGGGUGCCCUCCUGUUUCUGGAGGAUUAUGUUCGGUACACAAAGCUACCUAGGAGGGUUGCUGAAGCACACGUGCCUAAUUUCAUCUUUGAUGAAUUCAGAACAGUCCUGUAACUUUCUUGACAUCUGCGUCUUCAGUCAAAGGCUUGUCCUUCAAUCUUCCCAUGACUAAAAUGAAUUUAGAAAUGAAGAAACUCAGCUGCUCGUAGAACUGCAUCGCUCCCCUUACCUGUGGGAAACGUCAGGUAUUAAGAUGUAUCUCACGGCACUCGUUCAUAUAAUUAAUAUUGUUUAAAUCAUGGUAUUAUAUGCAAUUUGUAUCAUGUAGGAGCAGAAUACAUUUUUGUACUGCCUCUUAUAAAUGCCGAAUGUAACUGUUACAUAUAAAUCCAUUUAGUUUUAUGUUCUAAAGACCUAUUUGUGCAAUUCGGGAUUUUCAGUAAAAUAGUAAUUGCCAGUA